CGCCGAGACGCCCCGCGCCGGGCACCCAGCGUCUCCAGCGCCCAGUCGCUCUGGGCAGGGUGCGAGCGCAGGUAGAGCGUGCCCGGCGCCCGAUGCAGAGCGCUGGGCUCUGAGGCUGAGAGCCGGGCGGCUUAUACUAGCUGGACUCCAGCCAUGGAGAGACUCCAUGGGCACAUGUCUGCCAACCCAGACAUCCUCUCUUUGGAGAACCGGUGUCUGGCCACACUUCCUGACCUGAAGACCAUGGAGAAACCACACGGGCAUAUGUCUGCCCUCCGAGACAUCCUCACUUUGGAGAACAGGUGUCUGGCCACACUUCCUGACCUGAAGACCAUGGAGAAACCACACGGGCAUAUGUCUGCCUACCGGGACAUCCUCUCCUUGGAGAACCGGUGCCUGGCCACCAUCUCCAAUGUAAAGAGCACUGUGUCUGGCAGCCCCUUGCUUCAGUGUCUCCAGAUACCGCAUGUGAUGCAAACUGAUUUAUGCAGCCUGAACACCAGAAAUUGCCUGGUCUCUGAGCCUCCCACCUGGAAGCCUCGGUGUCUCUCUGAGGGACUGGAUCUUCCGACCUGUCCCGAGGCCCUGAAAACCAUCUCUACCACAGGGAAAGCUGGGGAGGCAGCUUUGGGUCGUUGCUCUUAUUUGGAAGAAAAUAAAAAGUCAGAAGCAAUGCAAGGGGCAGAGGCCCAGAUGCCUGUUUACCGUCUAAGCCUGGGAGAGAAGGAGGAGGUGGAGGAGCUGGCUCUGAAGCUCACGUCUGAGGAUGCUGCAUCUCAUCGUGAGCCCACUGACCGGAUGCUUCAGGAAAAGAAGAUGAUUCUAAUGAGCUUGCUGUGCUCUACUGUGGCCUCCAAUGUGAAUAUGAAAAAUGGAACUGAAAUGACACAGGCUUUCAUCCUUCAAGUGUGUAGGGAACUUGCCCCUUUGGAGCCCGAGUUCAUCCUCAAGGCAGCUCUGUACACCAGGCAACAGCUGAACAUCCGGGAUGUGGCCAACAAAGUCUUGGCCAUUGCUGCCUUCUUGCCAGCCUGCCGCCCGUACCUGCGCCGAUAUUUCUGUGCCACUGUGCAGCUGCCUUCUGAUUGGAUCCAAGUAGCUGAGUUCUACCAGAGCCUGGCUGAAGAAGCUGAGAACAAGCUGGUACCCUUGCCUGCCUGCCUCCGUGCUGCCAUGACAGACAAAUUUGCCCAGUUUGAUGAGUAUCAGCUGGCCAAGUACAACCCUCGCAAGCACCGGGCUAAGAGCCGCCCCCGCCGGCCGCCCCGCCCUCCGAAGACGGAGCCUGUGUUUUCUGAGACAAAGAGGAACUUGCCAUUUUGCCUUUCAUUUCUGAAACCAGAACAGAGGAAGUUUGAGGCAGCCUACAGUGCAGUGAAAACAAAGAAGAUUCCGCCGAGGUUCACCCUGAAGAAGCUGGUACAGCGAUUGCGUAUCAAGGAGCCUGCUGAGCUUGUCCAGGCCCUGCUGGGCUACAGGUACCCCUCCAAUCUACAGCUCUUUUCUCGAAGUCGCCUUCCCGGACCGUGGGAUUCUAGCAGAGCUGGGAAGCGGAUGAAGCUGUCUAGGCCAGAGACCUGGGAGAGGGAGCUGAGCCUGCGGGGCAACAAAGCUUCCGUCUGGGAGGAACUCAUCGACAAUGGGAAGCUUCCAUUCAUGGCCAUGCUCCGGAACCUGUGCAACCUGCUGCGAGUGGGAAUCAGUGCCCGCCACCAUGAGCUCGUUCUCCAGCGCCUCCAGCAUACGAAGUCGGUGAUCCACAGUCGGCAGUUUCCAUUCAGAUUCCUCAAUGCCCACGAUUCCAUCAAUAACCUGGAGACGCAACUCAGAAACAGAGCGUUGCCUUUUCCUUCCAAUACAACACUGAUGAAGCGGAUACUGAUUAGAAAUGCAAGGAAUGUCAAGAGGUUGUCCCGUCAGAUUCUCCUUGGCCUCCAUAGUUGUCAACCUCGACUGCUUCGGAUGGUCAUGAUGAUACCUGUGAUGUACGAGCAGCUCAAGCGGGAGAAGCUGAAAAUACAGAAAGCCAGACAGUGGAAAUGUGACGCCGAGCUGCUGGAGCGGUACCGACAGGCCCUGGAGACGGCUGUGAACCUCUCGGUGCAGUACAACCUGCCCCCGCUGCCCGGCCGCACCCUCUUGGUCUAUCUGAAGGAUGUCAAUGCAGACAAGCUGUGUCCCAAGAGCAACGCACAAGGGCCGCCGCUGAACUACGUGCUGCUGCUGAUUGCAAUGAUGAUCGCGCGGGCGGAGCAGGUGGAUCUCGUGCUGUGUGGGAGAGGCACUUUGAAGACUGCGGUGCUAAAGGCAGAAGAAGGCAUCCUGAAAACUGCCACCGAGCUCCAGGCUCAAGUGCAGGGGUUGGAGGAAAAGGAUGACUCGUCCCUGGAUACUUUGGGGAAGUACCUGCUGUCUCUGGCUGUACAGAGGGUCCCUGUGGACAGGGUCAUCCUCUUUGGCAAAAUGAUGAAUGAAAGAAGCAUAAAUGUGGCCAAGCAGCUUUUCUGGCAGCACGUGAAUCCCAAGUGCCUCUUCGUCGGUGUCCUCCUGAGACAGUUAUACUACCUCCCACCAGUGUCGCACCCCAAUGAUGUGACUCUCUCAGGCUGUACUGACGGGAUACUGAAGUUCAUUGCAGAGCGUGGAGCUUCCCGCCUUCUGGAACACGUAGGCCAAAUGGACAAAAUCUUCAAGAUUCCACCACCCCCAGGAAAGACGGGAGCUGUAUGUCUCCAGCCCCUGGAAGAGGAUGUUCCAAGCCCCUUAGCUCCUACUUCCCAGCCCGGCUGGCGCAGCAUCCGGCUUUUCAUCUCAUCCACUUUCCGGGACAUGCACGGGGAGCGGGACUUGCUGCUGAGGUCCGUGCUGCCGGCCCUGCAGGCCCGAGCGGCCCCCCACCGCAUCAGUCUUCAUGCCAUUGACCUACGCUGGGGCAUCACUGAGGAGGAGACCCGCAGGAACAGACAACUGGAGGUGUGCCUCGGGGAGGUAGAGAAUUCCCAGCUGUUUAUAGGGAUCCUGGGUUCCCGCUAUGGCUACGUCCCCCCCAGCUAUAGCCUGCCCGACCAUCCUCACUUCCACUGGGCCAAGCAGUACCCCUCAGGGCGCUCUGUGACAGAGAUGGAGGUGAUGCAGUUCCUGAACCGGGACCGACACCGGCAACCCUCUGCCCAAGCUCUCAUCUACUUCCGGGAUUCCAGCUUCCUCAGCUCUGUGCCAGAUGCCUGGAAAUCGGACUUUGUUUCUGAGUCUGAAGACGCGGCACGGCGAAUCUCAGAACUGAAGAGCUACCUGAGUAGACAGGAAGGAGUUACCUGCCGCAGAUACCCCUGUGAGUGGGGGGGCGUAGCAGCUGGCCGGCCCUACGUUGCGGGGCUGGAGGAGUUUGGGCAGUUGGUGCUGCAGGAUGUGUGGAAUAUGAUCCAGAAGCUUUACCUGCAGCCCGGGGCCCAGCUGGAGCAGCCGGCGUCCAUCCCAGAUGAUGACCUGGUCCAGGCCACCUUUCAGCAGCUGCAGAACCCACUGAGUCCUGCCCGCCCGCACCUUCUUCAGGACAUGGUGCAGCAAGUGACGCUGCGCCGUGAGAGGCUGACCCUGGUGACCGGGCAGUCGGGGCAGGGCAAGACUGCCUUUCUGGCAUCCCUUGUGUCAGCCCUGCGGGCUCCUGAUGUGGCCAAGGCUGCGCCCACGGUCUUCUUCCACUUUGCAGGGGCCCGUCCCGACCAGGGUCUCGCCCUCACCCUGCUCAGACGCCUCUGUACCUAUCUGCACAGCCAGCUGCGAGAGCUGGGCGCCCUGCCCAACACCUACCGAGGCCUGGUGUGGGAGCUGCAGCAGAGGCUGCUGCCCAAGUCGGCUGAGUCCCUGAAACCUGGCCAGACCCUGGUCCUGAUCAUCGACGGGGCUGACAGGCUGGUGGAUCCGAAGGGGCAGCCGAUCUCAGACUGGAUCCCAAAGACCCUGCCCCGGUGGGUACACCUGGUGCUGAGUGUGGCGAGUGAUGCAGGCCUGGGGGAGACGCUUGAGCAGAGCCAGGGUGCCCAUGUGGUGGCCCUAGGGGCUCUGGAGCCAACUGCCCGGGCCCAGCUGGUGAGAGAGGAGCUGGCUCUGUACGGGAAGCGGCUGGAGGAGUUGCCUUUUAAUAACCAGAUGCAACUGCUGCUGGUGAAGCGGGGGUCAGGCCUGCCCCUCUACCUGCGCUUGGUCACCGAUCACCUGCGGCUCUUCACGCUGUAUGAGCAGGUGUCUGAGACACUCCGCACCCUGCCUGCCACUGUCCCCCUGCUGCUGCAGCACAUCCUGUGCACCCUGGAGCAGGAGCACGGCCCUGACCUUCUUUCCCAAGCGUUGGCUGCCCUGGAGGUCACACGUAGCGGUCUGAGUGUGGAUCAGCUGCACGGAGUGCUGAGUUCCUGGAGGAUCCUGCCCAGGGGGACUAAGAGCUGGGAAGAAGCAGUGGCUGCUGGCAACCGCGGAGACCCCUACCCCAUGGGGUCCUUUGCCUACCUCGUCCAGAGUCUGCGCAGUUUGCUAGGAGAGGGCCCUCUGGAGCGCCCUGGUGCCCGCCUCUGCCUAUCUGAUGGGUCUCUGAGGACAGCAGCUAAACGUCGCUAUGGGAAGAAGCCAGGCCUGGAGAGCAUGGCGCACAUCCUUGUUGCAGCCCAGCUCUGGAAGACGUGUGAUCCUGAUGGCUCAGGCUCCUUCCAAAAUUGUCCCCCGGAGGCUCUGGGAGACCUGCCUCACCACUUGCUCCAGAGUGGGAACCAGGGCCUUCUUGUGAAGUUCCUCACCAGUCUCCACGUGGUGGCUGCACACCUGGAAUUGGGUCUGAUUUCUCGGCUCUUGGAGGCGCAUGCCCUCUACGCUUCUUCAGUCCCUGAAGAGGAACAUGAGGACCCCGGGGCUGCUGUUGCCGUGUUUCGCACCUUCCUGAGGCAGCAGGCUCCCAUCCUCAGCCAGUACCCCCUGCUUCUGGCCCAGCAGGCGGCCAACCAGCCUCAAGACUCACCUCUUUGCCACCAGGCCUCCCUGCUGUCCCAGCGAUGGCGCCUCCAGCACACGCUGCGGUGGCUUAAUAAACCCCAGACCAUGAGGGAUCAACAAAGCUUCAGCCUGUCUCUGGCAGUUCCCUCCUCCCCGACGGCUGUGGCCAUCUCCCCCAGCGGGCAGAGAGCAGCUGUGGGCACUGCCAAUGGGACGGUGUACCUGCUGGACCUGAGAACCUGGCAGGAGGAGAAGUCUGUGGUGAGUGGCUGUGAUGGAGUCUCCUCCUGUUUGUUCCUCUCGGACAACGCUCUCUUUCUUACUGCCUUCGAUGGGCUCCUGGAGCUCUGGGACCUGCAGCAUGGUUGCAGGGUGCUCCAGACCAAGGCUCACCAGUACCAAAUCACUAGCUGCUGCCUGAGCCCAGACCGCCGGCUGCUGGCCACAGUCUGCCUGGGAGGAGGCCUCAAGCUGUGGGACACGGUCCGUGGGCAGCUGGCCUCCCAGCACACUUGUCCCAAGUCCCUGAACUGCGUUGCCUUCCACCCCGAGGGCCAGGUAAUAGCUGCAGGCAGCUGGGCUGGGAGCUUCAGCUUCUUCCAAGUGGAUGGGCUCAGAGUCACCAAGGAACUGGGAGCCCCAGGAGCCUCUGUCCGCACCUUGGCCUUCAAUGUGCCUGGGAAGGUUGUGGCUGUGGGCCGGCUGGACAGGACGGUAGAGCUGUGGGCCUGGCAGGAGGGGACCCAGCUGGCUGCCUUCCCUGCCCACGACGGCUCUGUUGCUGCUGUGCUUUUCCUGUGUGCUGGGCGCCAGUUGCUGACGGCUGGAGAGGAUGGCAAGGUCCAGGUGUGGUCAGGGUCUCUCGGUCAACCCCGUGGGUGCCUAGGUUCCCUUCCCCUGUCUCCCGCCCUCUCCGUGGCUCUCAGCCCAGGUGGUGAUCGGGUGGCUGUUGGGUACCGAGCAGAUGGCAUCAGGAUCUACAAAAUCCCUUCAGGUUCCCAGGGGGCUCAGUGUCAAGCUCUCAACGUGGCAGUGUCUGCACUGGCCUGGCUAAGCCCCGAGGUGCUGGUGAGUGGGGCGGAAGACGGCUCCCUGCAGGGCUGGCUGCUCAGGGAGAGCACUCUGCAGUCCCUCUGGCUCCUGUCCAGACACCAGAAACCUGUGCUGGGACUCGCCACCUCCCAGGAGCUCCUGGCUGCCGCCUCAGAGGAUUUCACAGUGCGGCUGUGGCAGAGGCAGCCGCUGACUCUGCCGCACAAGUCAGAAGACUUUCCCCAGGGCACCGAGCUCCGGGGACACCAGGGCCCUGUGACCUGCUGCGGCUUCAGCGCUGAUGGAGGCAGCCUGGCCACUGGGGGCAGGGAUCAGACUCUCCUCUGCUGGGACGUGAGGACACCCCAAGCGCCUGUUCUGAUUUGCACCUUCCCUGCCUGUCAUCGUGACUGGAUCACUGGCUGUGCUUGGACCAAAGACAACCUAUUGAUCUCCUGCUCCAGUGAUGGCUCUCUGGGUCUCUGGGACCCACAGUCAGGACAGCAGCUCGGUCGGUUCCUGGGCCAUCAGAGUGCUGUGAGCUCUGUGGCGGUCGUGGAGGAGCACGUGGUGUCUGUGGGCCGGGAUGGGACCUUGAAAGUGUGGAACCCUCAGGGUGUGGAGCUGACCAGCAUCCCUGCUCACUCAGAACCCAUCAGCCACUGUGCAGCUGCCCUGCAGCCCCGUGCAGCUGGACAGCCUGGGUCAGAGCUUCUUGUGGUGACGGCUGGACUGGAUGGUGCCACACGGUUGUGGCAUCCACUCUUGGUCUGCCAGACACACACCCUCCUGGGACACAGUGGCUCCAUCAGUGCAGCUGCUGUGUCAGAGACCUCAGGCCUCCUGUUGACCACAGCAGAAGAUGGUUCCAUACGACUGUGGCAGGUACCCAAGGAAGCAGAUGACACAAGUAUAUCCAGGAGUUCUGCACCCAUUACUGCCGUGGCCUGGGCCCCAGAUGGCUCCAUGGCAGUGUCUGGAAAUGCAGUUGGGGAGCUAAUCUUGUGGCAGGAAACUAAGGCAGUGGCCACAGCACAGACUCCAGGCCGCAUCAGUGCUCUGGUCUGGUUCUCGGCGCACACCUUCUUUGUUCUCAGUGACGACGAAAAACUCAGUGAGUGGCAGGUGGAACUGCAGAAAGACUCGACACCGGGAUGUUUCAGUCUUCAGCUGAAGCGAGCUCUGCAGGAGGACUUAGGGAUCCUGACAGGUCUGAGCCUGGCCCCUGAUGGUCAGUCCCUCAUCUUGGCCAAAGUGGAUCUGGAAUUACUGCACAUGAAGCCAGGGGAUGCUCCCUCUGUAAUCUGGAGCAGCUUUACAGACCAUCCUGUGGUGAUGUCCACCCACAAAGAGUAUGGUGUGUUUGUUCUGCCAUCAAUGGACUCUUCAUUUCUCUUUUUAUUUAAGCAAAAUGAAUCUGGAGAGUUUGCAGGGAGUCUGGACUUUAAACUGGACCUUGAGAAUCCUGGUGACACCCCAAUAUCAAUAACGCAGGCCAAACCUGAGACUGAGUCCUCCUUUUUGUGUGCGAGCUCCGAUGGGAUGCUGUGGAACCUGGCCAAAAGCACCCCUGAAGGAGAAUGGACCACAGAUAACAUUUGGCAGAAGAAAGCAAAACUUCCUGAAAUCCAGACUCCAGGGGCAGCCCCGGCUAUGCUGUCUGACUCUGAAGCAGAAAACAACGUGGAGAGCUGGCCAGGAUUCACACAGCUAAAGACACGGCUGCGCAGAAAGAUCCACUCGGGCUCUGUCACAGCCCUCCACGUGCUGCCGGAGUUGCUGGUGACAGCUUCAAAGGACAGAGAUGUUAAGCUGUGGGAGAGAGCCAGCAUGCAACUGUUGGGACUGUUCCGGUGCGAAGGGGCGGUGUGCUGCUUGGAGCCCUGGCUAGGUCCUAACUCCACCCUGAAGCUCGCUGUGGGAGACACACAGGGCAAUGUAUACUUUCUGUCCUGGGAGUGAAGAUGCUUCCUCAGGGAGAAAGAUGAAGACCCCAACGGUUACUUUCUUGAGAAGAUGAUUAAAAUAAAGUGUCAGAGAAUCUCAAUUGCGGACAUGUCUGUGUUUCCAUGUGGAUUUGGACCAAGAGGGAAUAAUGUGGGUGUUUGCUCUGUGUUUCUUUUCUGGUUUAUCAUCAUUCCUUACUGGAACUGUGAGAAAAUGAAUUAGCUCUUCAGCAGGUAUGCUUUGAAACUAAGCUUUAGAAUUCUUGUGCCCUUGUUGGCCUCAGGACCCUGGGCUAUAUGGAGGAAUGAGAGUGAUGUUGAUCAGCAUUUAGUUUGAAUAGAGAACUGAAGACUUCUCACUUAGUUAGGAUAGAAGGGGAGAAGGUAGGGUAGGUCAAUAGUGUAUCAGCAUUUAGAAAGAGGAUAAGACUAGGUUCCUCCCAUGGAAACAGCCCUCUCCUUAGAAUGAACAGUCCAUAUGAGAGCUGAGAAGCCAAGAGGCUGCAUACAGAACGAAUCUUCUAGCUUUCAAGACUUGUGCCAGGGCGGAAUGUUUAGACAUCACAGAAGUGCGUCUGUCUCACAUCAGAGUUCACCAAGAGUAAACUGAGCUGAAAGGGGAAGCCUUCAUACCCAUGGAUCCUGAUUCUCUUAAGUAUAAAUUCUAGAAUCUUCUUAUUUUCUUACAGUUCUACCCUAUGGGAGAGGAAGUUCCCUCAGGCCUUUUAUUUCUAAGGGUUGGGGAAAAAGGAAAUGUCUUCUGUGUCCAAGAAUUCAAGGAUUUGUAUGAGACAAGUCAGGGCAAUGACAGGCAUUUUGUCCUGGGUUGGUAGGGUUCUCUGCAGUGCAGAGAAACGCCACUGCGGUUGGUAUAGAAAUGAAUUCUGAGGAUUCAGGGAGUUGAGGGGUGCUAUGUUUGAUUUCACUUUGUGCUGACUCCAGGUUUUACAUGGAGAAAUUACCAGAGGACUUUAUCUUAUUUCUGCCCAAAGUCCCACAGUCUUUCCCAAUCAGAGCAGGACUUUAGCUGAGAGGUCUUGAGAUAUUACGUGUCUGUCUCUUCUCAUGUACUUCUUGCAAGGGUGCUAAAUAUACCUUCUGGACUACCACUUCCACAUGUACCUUGUGACUAGAAGUCCUAGCUAAGGUAAUUUGAAAUUUAGGAUUCAUAGUCUUACCCAGAAAUCCUGCAGAGAACCAUAGCACGGCAUUAUCCUAAAGGUGACUAAUUCCAAUCUUUUGCCUUUUGCUCCUGUAAAAGCAAGACAAAAGGGCAGGAGGAUGUUCUAGAUGUGUAUCUUCCAUGCUCUGAAAGCUCUAUUUAAAAAAAAAAAUCCAGUAAGGCUGGAGGCAUGGGGAUAGGCAAAACUAAACAAAGGCUAACUUGUUCAAUAGACUUAGACUGGCCUGUUGGCCAGAUCCACUUGAAGGUUCUUUUCUGACUAAUCUUGGAGAUACACAAUGAGAUAAUAGUAAACUAUAGUGAGGUCAUGAUAUAUUUGCUGUAAGUGAAGACAGAAAUAGUUUCUGGGUAAAAGUAAAUACAGUACUUCCUCUUUAACCAUGGUUUUACGUUCUGUGGUUUCAGUUCAUCAAAGUAAACUGUGAUCCAAAAAAAUUAAGUGGAAAAGUCGAAACAAAACGAAAACCCCAGUAAGUUUUCCAUUUCAUGCUCUUCUGGGUAGUAUGGUAUAAGCUUGUGCUGCAUCUUGCCUGAGACAUAAAUCACUCCUUUGUCUAAUAUUUGUCUAUAUAUUGCCUAUUUUGGACAUUUCAAGUAAAUAGAAUCAUAACAUAGCUUUUUGGUGGUUUCUUCCACCCAAUGUAAUGUUUUUAAGG